AUGAAAGUGCUGAGACAUGAAGCUUGCUUCAACACCACAGACGCCGAUCCAGUCAGUCUCGUGGCCACGGUUGAGUCGAUUCUCAAACAAGCCGGGGAAUCCGACGAAACCAAGCAUCUCAUUCGACAGCAGGUAUCCUCCUUGGCGAUGGCGCAUAAACCGCGUGCAACUAUUACCAAGGCCGAGCAGAGCACUCUCAAGACGCUGAGGGCUGACACCAGCAUCGUGAUUCUACCAGCAGACAAAGGGCGUUCUACAGUUGUGAUGGAUAAGGCAGACUACAUUCAGAAGGCGAAUGCCCUACUGGGGGGUCAACAGGCGUACCUACCAUGUAACGAUGAACCAACGAGGAGGCUGGUGACGCAACUGGAGAAGACCCUCGCCGACAUGCAAAGGAGCAAGGCAAUAAGUAAAUCGGUAUGGCUGGCCAUUAAGCCAGUUGACGCGACCGUACCAAGGUUCUACGGACUACCAAAGGUACACAAAGCCGGGGUGCCCCUCCGGCCAAUCAUAUCAUUGCGCGGCGCACUUACAUUCAAUUUGGCUAAAUGGCUGUUCCGAAACCUGAGGUCUCUCACCUCGGACGCGGGCACGACGGUCUGUUCAGCAACUCAGUUCCUGGAGAGAAUCAAAGGGUUGAGACUUGCCGAAGACGAGGUCAUGGUGUCAUUCGAUGUCUCUUCUUUUUCACCUCGAUUCCACAAGACCUGGCAGUCGAAACGGUCAGCGAGUUGCUCAAGAGUCAGUACGACGAGACGGACGUGACAGUAAAACGGAGACACCUCGUCCAAUUGCUGAGAUUCUGCCUAAAGACGUACUUUACCUUCGAAGGCCCGACCUACGAGCAGGUCAAGGGGCCGCCAAUGGAAUCGCCUCUCUCGGGCUUCAUCGCUGAGGUAGAUCUCCAAAAAGAAGAGACCCUCGUUUUCUCAACCUAUAAGCCGAAAUUUUGGGCUCGAUAUGUCGAUGAUACCUUCGUUAUCAUUAAGCGGCAAAAGGUCCAAGAAUUCCAUGACGUCUUGAACUCUGUUUUUCCCGACAUCCAGUUCAAAAUGGAGGCGGAAGCCAACAACCAACUGCCGUUCCCGGCGUUCUCGUCAAUCGAAAACCCAAUGGGCACCUUAAAACGACGGUAUAUAGAAAGGCGACUAAUACACGCCAAAUCCUGAGGUAGCACAGUAAGCACUCGUUAGGCCACAAACGCAGUUGUGUGCGAACAUUCUACAGAAGGCAGAAACACACAGCAUCGAGCCGGACGACAGAAGGUCAGAACUACGCUACCUCCAGCGCCACUUCAUGACCAACGGGUAUCCUCGCAACUUCAUUAAACGCGGCAGACAGGCUGGACCGAGCGGACGUUUGGUGACAGAACGGCUAAAAGUAUGGUGGAAGCUUCUAUACGUCGACGGCGUUUCUGAGGCGGUCUCCCGUCUCUUAAGACGGCUGGGGAUCGGCAUCGCCCACCGACAGGAGUCAACAAUUCGACAUCUGGUCAUGAGACCUAAGACCCCUCUGCCACUAGGUAUAACCAGGAACGUCAUCUUCCGAAUUUAGUGUAACUCCUGCGAAGUCAACUACAUUGGGGAGACCAGCAAACGGCUACAGACCCGUGUUGGAGAACACAUGAGGGCAGUAAGGCGAAUGGACCCUUUGUCUCUGGUGGCCGAACACUGUGCCGAUUCCGGACACACGUUCACAUUUCGGCAUGGCAAAAUUCUGGGCAGGGGAAACAAGCGCAUAGCCAGGGGAACAAUCGAUGCUUGGCACAAAGAAACAACCUCCAUCAACCGUUGUGUGGCUCUUCCCGCUGCCUACCAAGCCCUUCGAUCGCAGCUCAAUAAACAAAUGAGCGUACGUGCAUCCAGGCUAAGCAUGAAUCCAGACAUGAGCGAGUCCAUGGCGUAUGCACACUAAGCCACCCCUCAACCGGGUUCCGACGAAGGCACAGUCCUCACCACAGUCGGUCCAUCCACUAGUCCGGCGGACGAGAAAACGAACAGUCGUUGCGGCGUAAACAAGAUUGCCAGGCAUGGACGACAGCUACGGCCACCAACGUCUCAACGCCGGCCCCCCAUGUAGAUUGAGUACAUGCCGUCACCCUCCAUCCCUCCCCCCGCCCGCCACAGUUCAUGUAUGCAUGCGGCUGGUGACCACUAAAGCUGAUCUACCACCCCCUCAUCCGGCGAAAAGAUGCUCUAGGACUCCCCCCCCCACGGCCCCUUCAUCCCUGCCGCCCUGACUUCAUAUGUAAGAAAACCCGUCUUGACAUGACUGUCAUCCACCCAUAAAUACUGUGAGGCGCGACAAAACACUUACCUCCGACGAUGGAGGCGUGUAUGCUUUUGAAAAGUCAGGACAGUAAAACUAUGAUUCCCGAGAUCGCCUUUCUUCUCAUAUAUAUGCAUAUAUGUAGAUCAGAGGUGGUAUGCAUUCGGAGUUGAUAUAAUGAAAAACAGAAGAGGUUCUUCGGAAAAGUCGAGUUGUACUCGUGAAUUUUCGAGUUGGUGACACCAGCCCGUGGUCAGACGAAAUGAAAACAAGAGAGAAGGUCAGUUUGUCACAAUAGACCAGUUGGUGUUGUAGGACAGACAGACCACUGACGUGUGAGUGUGGAGACGUGCUCCCGAGGUCAUGGUAGGUCGCUGAGUGAGGGGGGAAAUGGAGAGUAGGCGGAACAAUUACAGCACACUUUGCUGGAGGGGGAGUGCGCGUGGUGAAUCAGUUGGAAUGCGGGCGGUUGUAUUCGCGGUCGUUGGUGCGUGAUUAGGGCAGGGGGCAGUCAGUCGUGAACCUAGACCCUCAUAAUGCGCAUCUAAGUCAACGUGGCGGUUGAUACUACUCGCAUUGGAGUACCACGCCUAGAGAAAUUCCCUCGCUCGCUUUGUGUUAGCCAUGGUGACGACCUCAGGGUAACUAAUGGGAAAUGGCACCCAAAAAAUCCUCUCAAACAAAGCAGCCUGUCUUACAGGAUAGGUGGUAAUAGGGGCUUUAUGGGUGGGGCCUUUCGAGAGCGUGGUUAAAUGCGAAUAAUGGAGAGAAUUUUUUUAUGAAAUUGCUUUUCAAAUGAUAAGGUUUUACUUUAUCACUUUAUGGCGACGAAAGUAGGCGCGGUAAAUGAAAAGUAAACAAACAGCAGUGCUGUGGACAUAAACCAUUUUAAGCAACCCGCGGAGCAAUUGAGCACCUGUGAUCAGACGCCCAAGGUAGCGUAACGAAUAGUAAACUAGUAGAAUUUGUUUGUUGGCUGCCGAUAGUGAUAGCUAGUGAACGUGUGUGCCGUGGCCUCUAACGCUAUACUGUUGAGUACCUGUGAAGCUCUUAUCGAGAGAAGAGAAAUGCCAGAGUAAGUGAAUAAGUAAAUGGAAGGCUAAUGCCAAUGUGUUUUGGAUAAAUACCCAACUGUAGAAUAGUAUGUCCUAAAUUUAAUACAUGCUUAGUAUGUUGCCAUAGCAGUCUCUGUCGAAUGCUGACCGCAGUUUUCAGUGAAACCUGCUAAGCUCAGGCACGCGUGUCAUUAAGUUGUAUAGGUCGAUUCCUUAAACGGGGAAGCUUAUGGCAAUCUUAUCAAACGUGUGGUCGGUCUAUGGCGAUUGUACCACUUCAAUCCCAAGGUAUGCACAGUUAGUCCUUUUCGUCUAAGUCGUCGUAUGUUAUUGCUGGAUAAGCCGAAUAAGGUCUGACGGUGGCACUCGUCGACCGUAAUAGCCUCCUGGAUGGAUGUCAAGCAAUCGUGUGGUCUGCAAUCUGUGCUCUCUGACUGCGCAAAGGGAAUGCUAGUAUGUACGAAGGCACAUAUCGACUGCCGCAGUCGCACUUCAGCAGUGGAAGCCUAUCGCGUGGUGAACACUUGAUGCAGUGCGAACUUAUCCCAACUGUCCUAAAGUAAGCGUGUAGACUGAAGGUCAGACGGACUGCCACGGUCGUUAAUCGGCAAUGGAAACCUAUCUCAAUGUUGAUAAUAGCGGUGGUCUACAGUGAUCGUUAAGCCAAUAUGCUGCCAUUGUACAUCCGGACUACUGCUGUCGCGGGUAACCUGAAGAGUCGUGGAUGAAGAUUGGUAAACCUGGACGCGGUAUGCUGCUGUCGGUUAGACACCGUCCUUAGGUAAACUACCGUAGGAUAAGCUGAAUGUGGACUACUGCCGUCACUCGUCGACCGUGUGAGUCUUGUACAUGGAUGGUGAACCAUCGCUUGGUAUUUAUCCUUAGCCUCCCUACUACCCGAUAGGUAUGCUAGUGAACACGAAACCACGUGCCGAGGUAUGCGGUUGCUCUUCACAUGUAGAAGCUAAUAUUUAAGCUGAUGAACCUACGGUGGACUCACAGUGAUCUUAGCGUAACUAUCCUAAGGCAAACUGCCAUAGAUUAACCCAAACGCUGGCGACUGAGCUAUCCCCUCACGUCAGGAAGUAAUGGUCGAAGGUGAUAAACGAACUGCUUUGUCUAAGGUGAAUGUGUUGAAACUCUCCUAACGGAAGACACUAUAGAAUAAGCCAAAUACGCACCGCAUGCGGUCGCUUGUCAACUGUGGAAGCUGAUGUGAUGUUUAGUAAGCGUACGAUUGAUCUACCUACGGAAGUUAUGGUCAUAAUCGAUAAGCCGAAUGGUCGGUCCACAGCCAUCGUAUCCAAAGUGUCCAAACGAAUGCUACCGUAAAGUAUUCCGCAUACAGACUACUGCGCUGGGUCUUUAACUGUGGAAGCAAAUAUCAAGGUUGGCAAACAUAGGAUAGGUCUAAAGUCAUCCAUCCCCAAGUGUCGUAAGCUGGGUUGUCGCAUAAUAAGCCUCAAAACGACUAAUGUCGUCUCUCAUGGCUGACGGAAGCAUAUGUAAAGGACGGCAAAGCAGUCGGUGCACUGCAGCGAUCGUCUCUUACCUAUCCUAAGCUAUGCAAGAUUAGAUUUGGCCACCACCCCACUAUUACUCUCACUCGCCAGCCAUAUAUGCCUUGUUUAAGGUUGAUUAACUUUGGCUCGGAUUUCAGCGGUCGCAUCUCAUGUGAAGCAACAUGUAGAGUGCAGGUGAGAUGAAAGAUACUACUGUCACUCGCCAGCCAUGUAAGGAUGAAAGAACAAAUAUGUAGGGCUAUAACCUACUCAAAUAGAUAGAGUGGGUAUUAUUUCUAGUUAUCGGAGGUUUUGGGUAACACAUCGCAUUUGUUACCGACCUCAGUGCCAUCCGAAAUAAAUCGGUGGUGGUACACGAGUGCAUGGGCAUAUAUAUGGUAGGAGUACAAAUCCAUUUUUUCCGACGAUACUUAUAUCUUCAUCAUAUUAUCCCGGAAUGCACAGUACCAUAAAUAUAAUAAAAGGAGAAUUCUCGUCGGAAAAUCGAGGUAUACUCGUGAAUUUUCAAGUCGGUUACGCCAACCCGUCGUCAGACGAAAACGAAUAGUGUGAUGGAGAUAAUCCUACUGGGGAGCCAGGGGGACAUCGAGGUUACAUCGACAAGACAGACGUUUACGUGUGGGGGUGAAGAACGUGUUUGGAUAGGUGGCGGACGUAAGGGGAGGUGUUGGGAGUUUCACACAUGGUUCAUUCUGUCGGGGAGGUGCUGAAUCCUUGAUAUGCCACAUGGUCGAACAUGGAUUAGCAGUUGGUGUCUUAGGGUGGGCGCAAGCCGGCGAACCGUGAACGUAAGCCUUCGUAGUGAGCGUCCAAUUCGACAUGGCGGUUGAUGCUAUUGCUAUUAGAGUGCCAAGCUUGUAGAAACUCUCGCGCUUGUUUGGUGUUGGCACUAGCGAUCACUUCGGUCCCCUCCCAGUUGAAGCGGUGAUCACACUCAAAGGAGUGCGCAAACACGAGAGACAAGGGGUCCCGUCCGAUACGGCGAAAAUCCUCCAUUACAGCAGUAACCACCCCUUGUCACAUAAGCCCAGUUGCGUGCGGACACUCUUCCUACGCACCAACACACACUGCAGCACAGAGGCUGAAAAGCUGCGAGAGCGUAAAUCCCUAUGGCGUCUCUUUCUCUCCAAUGGGUACCCACGUAGCUUCAUAAACAAAUGCCUGUAUCAAAGGCACACGAAGACCGACGGUGGACAAAAACAAAAACCUGAAUUCUUCCGUGCUUUGCCCCACGUGAGUGACGUUUCCGAAGCCACUGAGCGCAUGCUCAGACCACUCAACGUGGGCCUUGGACACCGGCCGGAGGCCACUAUCCGCCGCUUGCUCAUGCAGCCCAAGGGGCGGCUGCCACCUGAGGACACGUCAGGAAUUGUUUACCGCGUCAACUGUCUAGACUGUCCGGCCAAUUAUUGUGGCAUGACCGACAAACGAUUAAGGUCGCGCAUGCAUGAGCAUUCUCUAGCUGUAAAGCGAAAAGAUGUACGAUCGCAUGUUGCUAUGCAUAGCCUCGAAAAUGACCAUCAAUUCGGCUUCGACACGGCAGAAGUAAUCGGCCGAGCCGAAAGCAAAAUGGCGAGAGAGAUAAUCGAAGCCUGGCAAUCCAACGCCAACUCGAUCAACCGUAGAAUUGACCUACCGGCGCCAUAUGAGGCCGUCAGACACCACUAG